AACUGAUUACAAGACAUGAAGACGUGUGAUGCAUUCCAAAUACGAAAUUGAAAUUUUUCAAAAUUUUGUCUUUACGGGUGUUUCCAAAGAGCAUUUCCGUUGCGAUAUCUGCCGUCUAGUUUCGUAUGGUUUCGUAUCGUCGCCAGUGUCAAGAUUCGACCUGAACCAACCUGAACUUUUAAGCAGAGAACGAUUACUUAUAACUGCUAAUUUUGUUGUAUCACAUUAAGGGAAAUGGAGCGAAGUAUUCACGAAAUGUUAAAGGAUGCACCAUCUUUGAACGACAGUGAUAAUGCAGUUCAUAGUGGAACACCACCACCUCAUGUACCAAAUAACUGUACUAGUGAUAGUCAACCUAGACCAGCUACAAUAAAUUUAACAUUGAAUAGUCCUACAUCUCAAAUGUCUAUGACAACAAUAUCUCCUAAUACACCUAUUCAAAAUGGUGACACUCAAACAAUGCGUACUACUCAGAGUAAAAUUGAAAGCAUUAAGAAUUGGAGUAUUUCUACAUACAAGUGCACAAGGCAAUUAAUGUAUGAAAAACUUGGGAAAACAUCGCGUACAGUAGACUCAGAGCUUGAAACACAAAUCGAAUUAUUAAGAGACACUCAAAGAAAGUAUUGUAAUGUUCUGCGUUUAUCUAGAGCAUUAGCUUCUCAUUUUCAUCAUGUUGUUCAAACGCAGCAUGCUUUAGGAGAGGCAUUUUCUGAAUUAGCACAGAAGUCACCAGAAUUGCAAGAAGAGUUUCUUUACAAUUCAGAGACACAAAGAAAUUUGACUAAAAAUGGUGAAACACUAUUAGGGGCCUUAAACUUUUUCGUUUCCUCAGUAAAUACAUUGUGCAAUAAAACUAUUGAAGACACAUUGUUUACAGUGCGGCAAUACGAAACAGCAAGAAUAGAAUACGAUGCCUAUAGAACAGAUCUUGAAGCUUUAGCGCAAGUGACAAAAAACGAUAGCACUAAUGCAGUAAGAUUAGAAGCAGCUCAAGCUAAUUAUGAAGAGCAUAAGCAAAAUUUUGAAAAAUUGCGAUCGGACGUCUCGAUUAAACUUAAGUUUUUAGAUGAAAACCGGAUCAAAGUAAUGCAUAAACAAUUAUUAUUGUUCCACAAUGCAGUGUCUGCUUACUUCUCUGGAAAUCAGACUGCAUUGGAAGCCACAUUGAAACAAUUCAACAUAAAAGUUAAAUCACCAAAUUCAUCUUUACCAUCGUGGCUGGAGCAGUAGUUACAUUAGAAGAAAUGAAUCCAAGAUGUGUGUGAAAUAUAAACCAAAAGUCAUGCAUUCGUCCACUCAAAUUUCUCUGCAAACGCAAAGGAAAUUACAAGGUAGACAAACUUACAGAAACUUUUAAAAACUUAUUAACUAUCACUGUUAUUCAGUAAACUUCGUGAGUUUUAAUCAUUUCUGGGACAAAAAUGAUGUAAAAGCAGACUGAAUUUUUUUUUAUAAUUAUGUUUUAAACAUUGGCCAGUAUCCGUGAUAUGUGGCGUAUGUUUCAGUGAAUCUUAAUUAUGUGAUUAAUAGUUGUGUGUGCAACAGUUAAUGACAAUUAUGAACAUGUCUGUUGAGAAGUCCAGCAACAGUUCUCUUUAUUCCAUAGAAAUGCUUAUGAAACUUUAAAGACAACAUAGAUUAUUUAAUUUUUAUAUCUUAGAGAAGUUCUAAUGUAAAUACAUAAAUCAUCCUGAUAUACUGAACUUUGAAUUUUACAAUAUGUACAGAACAGUAUUGAUUGAGAUUGGUUAUUUAUAUUAAGUUUUGCACGAAUGUUUUCAUACCGAAAUUUAACAAAAUAAAAAAUUCCCAUUUUAGACCAUAUUAAUGUCCUCCAUUCCAUUUUAAAUAUUAAAAAUGACUGAUUACUAAUUAUGAUUCACUAAGCUGUUGCGUAUAUUUUAUUUACGUGCUUUAGUAUUUAAUAAUUUAAUUUAAUUUAAAUUAAAAUAUAAUAAAAACAACAGUUCUUGACAAAAAUUCUGUUUGUUCCAAAUAUUUACUCAUUAGAAUAAAUAGAAGAUGUUUAAUGAACAUAUAGAAAUUAUUUGAUUCUGAUUUACAUGAUAUUUUCAUUUUUUCUCGAAAAUGAACAUUGAUACAAAGAUUGCUGAUUCUUACAAAUUUUAUAAGAACUAACAUUUAAGAUCGUUCAUGCAAAUACCUAAUUUUUCUUAAGAGAACAUGCUAUUUUUCUUCAACAACCGGCUCUGUCUCUUUACCAUCCGCAUCUGAUGUGAUUGAGUCAACCUUAAGUCGUUUGUUGGGUCCCAUGUCAAUUUCCUUAGAAGGUUGUGAAGUCCCUCCUAGAGGAUUGUGUUUCAAUUCGUCAGUAAUAUUUCUUAAGAAAACAAUAAAAGAAAGUAUAGUCUUACCAAUGGCGACUGACGAAGGUUCCGCCCCAAAAAGCGUAAAGAAAUCAUCUGAAAACUUGACAACACGUCUACCUAAGAAAACUGGUAUUGCUGAGACUUGAUAGGACCUCAGACCACGGCCCAAAUACGGCUCUCUAUUGCCAGAGAUUCUUUCGUUACUUCCAGACAUUUUUAAUUGUGCAACUCAACGUUUAUAUAUGAACUUUGCUUUGCAAUCUCCUCUGUGGUGUGCCACACGUCGUGCAUUAUAUUAACAAAUGAAAAGCUAUAACAAAAACGAUCUGCAAUUUUUUUUACAUAUACAGUAUCCUAUUUUAAAUGACGGAUCGAAAUAAUGUGGACGAAAGCAUUUACUUUGGAAAACUAUGUUUCCAACAAAAGUUUUAUGGUUCACGGAAGGCUAUUCGUCAGUAAUCUCGACUUCGGUCUUGGGAUCAGUGUUCGAGAAAAUGUGUUCAAUUGUAUACUGAAAUCAUGGACAAAUAUUUGUCUACAGUUACCUAUUCAAUAAUUUGAAAAUUUUUAGAUCAUUAAACGUCUUUUAUUUAUUAUAAAGAGUAUUAUGUAUUUUUAAAGUUGAAUGCACUAUCGUACUUGACAUUUUUAGUACUUUUUUAUUUUUACAUCUAAGUUAUGUAGUCAUCUUAUUCAUCUACAAAUUUUUAUAUCAAAAUUGUCUGUUUCUGAGAAAACAGAAACGAAUCUCAUAUAAUGGGAUUAAUCAUAUAUUUAAUUCCAUGCUAAUUUAUUUGUGCAAUUAGUAUUUAUACAAGACUGCUUGUGACUACACUUAUCCAAUUAUGUUACUGAUUUAACUUCUAGGAUACUUUUAAGUACGUAUAUAAAGAGCAGACAAUUUUAUUUUGCUUCAUACUAAUACAACAGUAUUCUUUUAGUGAGUGAAAUCAAUCUUAAUUGAAAAUAUAUUUAUGUAUAAAAGAGAAAUAGAAUUAACUGUUGCAAAACAGAUUUACAUUCAUAUUUAUUAAAUAAAUAUUUGAAAAUCAAAUUAAUUUACAUUGUCUUUAUAUACAUACUUUUGUAUAAAUCGACAUUGUUUAUGUGUAUGCUUAACUUUUUUUCGUUGAAGCAGCAAUACAUAUUGUGUAUAUUACGCAUUACAAAUCAUUACGCUUCAUGAAUAGAAAAUCUUUAGUAUAGUUGUAAUAAAUGUAUGUACAGUGUCAUUAUUGUUUGUUGAAUACACACUCAUAGUUUACAUUGAUAGUCACGUAAAAAUAAUACAGAAAUAAAUUCUGUAAACAUUAUCGCGAAAUCACU